GAACUGGUGCAUUAUCUCUUGUUGCGCCAUCCACUAUUAAAUUCAACAAAUGAGCCAUGCAAGGAAUUCUUUUUCCAUCUUCCAAAAAUUUCUUCACUGCAGCAACCAUGUUAGCACCACCAUCAGUGGUAAUUGAUAAGAUGCAACCCUUUUCUAUUGAAAACUCGUCGGUAAUAUUUUGAAAGCAUUCUUUUAUAUAAUCAGCAGUGUGUGCCUACAGGAAAGAAGACCAAUAUUAGUCCACUUUAUGAAAUUUUUUAUAACUAUUUUUUUUUAUUUGAUGCAUUUAUUUUAUACUUUACUUACCUGAUACAUUCUUCGUGCUGUCAAUGUCACCAUCUCAUGUUCAGAUUCAGGAGUGCAGUUAUUUGCUGUGUUAAGAAAAUGCGCUGUUACUACGAUGAAACUUCGUGUCGAGUUCAUGAGAGUUAAUAUAUCACGACGAUUCGACAAUACUGUGAAGAAUUUAGCUGCUAAAUCAAUUCAGACUCUGAACCUCCUCUACCGUGCUCUAACCAAUAAGUGACGCUUCUAGAAACUACGAAUAAAGUAUUCAGCUGAAACUGUGAAUUUCUAAGAAUAAUUGACGAACAGUGUGGCCACAAUCCUUUUAUAAAAAACGCGGGAAAAGAUGUUUUCUUUUUCUCCUCUUUCGCCUGUUGAGUGAAGUUGGGACGGUUGAUAUUCCUCUGCAUUACGCUUCUAUUACUUUACAUAAUUUGUGGGAGUAAUGCAGAGGAGUAUUUGUUUGGAUUAAACAGUUAGUAUAAAAAAGGAUUUAGAAUUUUUUGAUCAUAAAAAUAUCGUUUUUAUACCUUUUCAAUAAUUGUAAUAUUAUAUCGAUACCUCGAUAUAUCGAAACAAUAAAUAUCGCUAAAAAAUAUUGUUAUAUUGAAAAAAUUAUAUCGAUAUAUCGAUGUAUCGAUAUUUUUUCGACAACCCUAUUUCACAUUACACGUAUUAAUAUUAAAAUGAUAUUGACAACGUAUAGCAUCUGGCUAUAAAUUAUACAAUCUAGACAGAUUCAUCCCAUUACAUUCCAUCAUUUUUUAAGUACGCUAUGAAGCCCUUAUGGCACCCUGUCAUAGCCGAAGCGCCAUCCGUAGCAACUGAAAUUAUAUUUUUCAAAUGAAUCUCUUUCUCAUCGCAAAACUUUUCCAAUAUAUUGAAUAUGGUUUCGCCUUUUGUAUCGGUCUCUAAAUUUCUAGCAAAUUUAAUAAGAACGCGAUUGGUUUUUCUGACUUGCGAAAAAUGAAUGUCGGAUGAUUCAUUGGCAAAAUGGUUACCGGCUCUUUUUAGACAGGUCACCGGGUACUUCAUAUACAUACAAUCCAUUUCUAUUAUACAAUGGGUGGUUCAGAUAACUUAUAAUUAACUUAAUUAGGGUGUUCACAGUUCUAUAUUAUCUGAUGUGUUAAUUUUGCCAUCUGUUAACUUCAAAACAUUUUACCACGUGGUAACUUUGUUUAUUGUUGUUUCCUAUACAAGUUCGAAAUAACAGUCUUAGGCAAAAUUACUCUACUUUACUUCGUGUUUUUGUUUCCUGGUAAAGUGGCAACUUUGAUCAGCUGACUAUUCGCGUUUAGAAAAAAUGGAAAGCAACACAGAAAUACAGAAGGUAAACGCAAUUCGCAAUAUUUUUAUAGCAAAUUAAUUUUUAAUUAUUGAAUAAAAAUGUCUCAUUUAAAUGGAAAGCAAAAUAUAUUGAACGCACUCAGCUACAAAUGUAUACUGGACAUAACCGCUAAUGAUUCUAGCAGUGACGAAGAGGAUGACAAUAUCAUAAUAAAAUUUGCCAUUGAUGCAGCGCUUAUUAUAGCUAAUCGGAGAAGUACCCAUUUGGGUAUACCAAAGUCUUCGCAAUGGGUCAAUAAUGUUCUUCCCAGAUUUGAUAGUGGCCGCAUGCGACAAAUGUUGCGCAUAGAAUUCUUUGAGUUCAACUAUAUAUUAUCCUUAAUCAAGCAAGACCCUGUUUUCCAAAACAAAAAUUUUGUUCCACAAUUACCAAUCGAUCUUCAACUAAAGAUAACACUUUUUCGUCUGGGAUCAAGUGGAGAGAGUGCCUCUAUUAGAAAGAUUGCAACAUUGUUCGGAAUAGGCGAUGGCGGAACAGUUACCAAAGUGACAGAGCGGGUUAUUACCGCAUUGAUUAAUUUAAAAUCUACAUUUUUAUGUUGGCCAUCUAGAGAAGAAAGGCGAAAGAUUGUCACAAAAACAAUGAAAGAGCUUCCAGGAUGUAUUGGCUAUGUUGACGGUACUGAAAUCAGAUUAGCAGAGUCGCCUUCAAAAGAUCACGAACUAUACUUCUCUCGCAAAAAACAGUAUGCCAUAAAAAUGCAAGUAGUAUGUGACUAUUCACUAAGAAUUAGACAAGCGACAAUAGGAUAUCGAGGAAACGUGCAUGAUGCUAAAAUUUUUGCCGAAUCUGCAAUAGGUAAAAACCCACAAAAUUAUUUCUGUCAUCGGAAAUGGAUUGCUGGCGAUUCGGCAUAUCCGCUAAGCCAACAUCUUAUUACACCUUUUCGACAAAACAGUACUGAGCAGUCAAAAGAAAUGAGAGAUGCAUUCAAUCAAUAUUUCUCUAAAUAUAGAGUACGUGUAGAAAAUUGUUUUGGGAAAUUAAAAGAAAAAUUUUGCAGUUUAAAAGAACUACGGUUCCGAUUAACGAACGAAACUAAUUAUAAAAAUUGUUGUAGAUGGAUUUUGGCAUGUUGUAUCCUUCACAACAUGCUGCUACAAUUUAACUUAGACGAAAAUCCUAGUUUAGAAAGCCAAGAAGAAACAGACUUCCCACAAGAAAUUUAUGAACACGACGACCUAAGAAAAGCUCUAUCACAUUUUGUAAACAAUAAAGAUAUAAUUAUUUAAUUUUAUGUAGUAUAUAUGUAUAGUUUUAUUUUUUAAUUUUUAAUUAUUUUUUAAUUUUAAUGUAUGCAGUUCAAUAGCCUAUUAAAUUUUAUUGAAAUAAAAGAUGUUUAAUAUUUUUCUAAUGAAGGUGUUAUACAUGUUUUCUUCAUAUAACGCGAUUUAUUUUCUAUAUGGAAGAAAAUACUUAGGCCUGCGACAUUUUUAUUGCAUUAU